UGAAGUAGCAUCGAGGACUGCGGGCCACGUUGUUUUUUUUGUGGAAGAUGUGUUUUUAAUUUUCGGUCCCCUCGUCGGUGAAGGUAACGUCAACAACCGUCAGAUCGACUCUAUAACCCGGUGAAGUCUGGGAAGUCGCCGCAGGAGGGAGAGCUGUCCACCGGUCAUUUCAGCAGCUUGUAGUUUGUGACCCGCCAAAAGCCGCGGAGGCUCCGCGAGGAAGUGACCAUUUUGUACCGGGUCCGGCUUCGUCAACUGUUCAUAUUAUAGUUUAUCUGGUUGGUAAAGAAGAUGAGCGGAGGGUUUAACUUCGGGCAGACCACUGGAGGCUUCGCUUUCGGGGCUCCGAAGCCCGCAGCCGCCGCUGCCCCCGCUACGGGCGGCUUCGGGAUGCCGAGCUCCACACCUGUAGCCCCGGCAGGGGGCUUCUCCUUCGGGACCCCCGCCCAGCCCAACGCCAACAGUGCCGGCGGUUUCAGUUUCGGCACCCCGGCAAAGAGCACCCCGGCCGGGGGUGGAGGCUUCUCCUUUGGGACCCCCACCGCCAACGCGUUUGGUCUCGGCGCGACCCCUCAACCCACAGCGCAGGCACCGGGGAUGACCCUCGGCUCCGUGGCAGCUCCAGUCUCCAUGCAGGGGUUCCAGAUGGGCGGCGCGAUGUCCGCACAGACCAUGGCUGCCCCCCCAGCAGGAGGCGGCUUCUCCUUCGGGACUGCUCCUCAGGCUCAACCCCAACUCGCUGCACCGAUGGCAGCUCCAGCCCAAGCAGCUCCAGCCCAGGCAGCAGCAGCAGCAGCAGCGGCCGCAGCAGCAGGCGCCGCCGCCGCAGCAGCAGCAUCAGGUGGCCUCUCGUUUGGAAACUUCAGCUUUGGAGCUACAAAGGUCCAGGCGACCACGGCAGCAGCCCCCACUCUCCCCACAGGAGGAGGCUUCGGCUUCGGCACCACUGCUCCCUCCAACCUCACCAUGGGCGUCCAGCCACAGCCCGUCUCCAUCGCUGCAGCCCCAACACCUCAGGGUGGAGGCUUUGGCUUCGGGAUCAAACCUUCAUCAACCCCAGCUCCUCCUGCUUCCACCCAGCCAGCCCCAGCCGUAGGUCCCACUCUCUUCUCGAUGCCCUUCACUACAGUUGCUGCCUCUGCUCCUGCUGCUGCUGCUGCACCAGCUGCCGGCUUCAUGCAGAGUGCAGCUCCAACUUCACUAGCAAGCACCGCUCCUGCAAUAACCACAGCAGCUAGUGGAGGUCUGGCUUUUAUGCUCAAACCUCUGGGGGCAGCGACUGCCACCUUGACCCCUGCCUCUGUUCCUGCCUCUACUGCAGCUGCCCCAACAGGUGCUGCAGUCGCCUUCAGCCUGGGACUCAAACCUGCAUCUGGCAUGAGCACCAUCACAGCACCCACACCAAUCACCACGAUCACAGCUCCUCCGGUGAUGAGCUACGCCCAGCUGGAGGGUCUCAUUAACAAGUGGAGUCUCGAACUCGAGGACCAGGAGAGACAUUUCUUACAGCAGGCCACUCAGGUGAACGCCUGGGACCGAAUGCUGGUGGAGAACGGGGAGAAGAUCACAUCCCUGCACAAGGAGAUGGAGAAGGUGAAGCUCGACCAGAGGAGGCUAAACCAGGAGCUGGAUUUCAUCCUGUCCCAGCAGAAGGAGCUGGAGGACGUGCUGUGCCCACUCGAGGAGUCUGUGAAAGAGCAGAGCGGAACCAUCUACAUGCAGAACGCCGACGAGGAGCGGGAAAGAACGUACAAGCUGGCAGAGAACGUGGACGCCCAGCUGAAGAGGAUGUCGCAGGACCUGAAGGAGAUCAUCGAGCACCUCAACACAUCCAGCGGCCCUGCAGACACCAGUGAUCCACUUCAGCAGAUCUGUAAAAUUCUCAACGCCCACAUGGAUUCUCUUCAGUGGAUCGAUCAGAAUUCGGUGCUCCUGCACAGACGGGUGGAGGAAGUGUCCAAACUGUGCGAUAACCAGCGCAAGGAGCAGGAGAAAACCUUUCGUUUAACGUUUGACUGAUGGGGAAAAAAACAGCCUCUAUAUUGACAAUGUUCCAACUUCACUUGUCAUAAACAAGGAUGUUCUUAAGGCAUGAUGUUUUUGAUUUGCCUUCAUCAUAGUUCCUGUUAAACUGCUUUUCCCUUCUUUUGGUUGACCUUAAGAUAUUACAUAUUUUCAAGAUAUUCUCAAUGCAUAAGGUUUUUAUAUAGAAUUGUGGGAGUAAUUGUUUCUUCCCAUCUAAAUGCUUUCUGUGCUCUAAAAAAGAAUGAUUAAAUAAACCUUUAGAUUAACGCUUUGUUUUAUUGGGUAGUAAAAUACGAGCACUUCUUCCAUUUGGUUCAGUGGCAGUCGUUUAAUCACAGAGGGAAACAUGUGCACUUAAAUCUCCCUGUAUGAUACAAAUUAUAUUAACCUUGAUUUGAGGAUGUUAAUUGAGGCUAUAUGACAUUGUGAGAGGUAGUUUUGUAAAUUUCUGUCAAGUCGAUUCAUGGUACAAAAUCAGUAAACCAGUGGCAUCCCUGGUUUUUACAUCAUCUAAACUAAUUUAAUGCAAUUCAACAGUAGUGACCAGUUUUUUAGAGAAUUUAUUGACAGUUGAAAACACUAUAGACAAGUAUGAAUUUGAAUUUAAUCUGUUAACAACAAAACAUUGCUUUCCACCAGCUUCCCUUUGGAUUCCUUACAUGCAAUUUAAAAAUAAACAUACUUUUAAUUAAUCAGUGAUGAGCUACAACACAGUGGAUGCUACCUGAAAGCCACAAGAGGAGGUGAGAAACAACCUCUACUUGAAUUAAGUCAGUCAUGGUCACUUGUAUGCUGUUGAUUACUGACUUGAUGAUGUACCUAAAUGUCAAAAGACAAGAGAUGUACAAUUUUUUGGUAAAUUCGCUGGAUAAAAGGCAAAUUUAAGCAUACCCUGAUUUACAUUCACAUUACAGAGCGAGCUGUACCUUCCUUGCAUAGAGGUUAAGACAGUACAACUUCAUCAAAAACAACAGUAAACUAAGACUACAAAACUCUU